ACCAUGGGGGUUAAAGCGAUGCUCCCCAGCUACGAGCUGGGCUUUUAUGCCCUCGUGGUGAUCUGUGCUGUGCUCUACAGCGGCAGCGGCAUCUUAGAGGCAUCCAGAGACAGCAUGAACAGAAAGGCUUUUCGGGACGGCAUAAAGCCAGGCUGGCACUACUUUGGCAGGAAGAUGGACGUGGCCGAUUUCGAGUGGGUGAUGUGGUUCACCUCGUUCAGGAACAUCAUCAUCUUCGCCCUCUCGGGACACGUCCUCUUCGGCAAGAUCUGCUCCAUGACCGUGCCACAGCACCGGGCUGUGAUGUACAUGAUCUAUGGGGUCCUGGCUGUGCUGGCCAGCAUGGGGCUGGUCUACCUGAUGAUCAUCCUGUCCCACUGCCUGCUCCUCUACUCGGUGGCCCUGGCCAAGCAGAAGUGGCUCUGCUACGUGGCCGGGCUCUGCUGCCUCGCCUCCUUCAAGGUGGAGCCCUUUGGCUCAUGGCAGAGCGGGUUUGUAACGGGAGCUUUUGAUCUCCAAGAUGUACUUUUCUAUGGGGGAUGCACCUUCACCAUCGUGCGCUGCAUGAGCUUUGCCCUCGAGAGCUCUGAGAAGGAAGAGGGCAUCUACUCCAUCUUCGACCUCCUCAAGUACAACUUCUACCUCCCAUUCUUCUUCUUCGGGCCUGUCAUGACGUUUGACCAGUUCCACGCCCAGGUGAGCACCCGAGAGCUGCGACGCAAGGACGACGAGAUGAAGAACAUCCGUGUCAAUGCCCUGCUCCACGUGGGGGCCAUCGUGGCUGUGGACAUCUUCUUCCACUUCUUCUACAUCCUCACCCUCCCUUCCGACCUGAAGUUUGUGAACCGCCUCUCGGACUGGUCCUUGGCUGGCCUGGCCUACUCCAAUUUGGUGUAUGACUGGGUGAAAGCUGCUGUCAUGUUUGGGGUCAUCAACACCAUCGCCAGACUGGACCACCUGGACCCACCCCAGCCCCCAAAAUGCAUCACCAUGCUCUACAUCUUUGCUGAAACGCAUUUUGACAGAGGGAUUAAUGACUGGCUCUGCAAAUAUGUGUAUGACCACCUUGGAGAGAACCACGACAGCAUCCUGAAGGAGCUGGUGGCCAGCAUCAGCACCUUUGCCAUCACCACUCUGUGGCUGGGGCCCUGCCAGGUGGUUUACAUCUGGUCCCUCGUCAACUGCUUCGGCCUCAACUUUGAGCUCUGGGUGCAGAAAUUCUUCCAGCUGGGGCCCUUUGCCAAACUGGAGGCCAAGCUCUCAGGGGCCAUGUCUCGGAGGAUCAGGGCAGCUUUUGGGGCAGUGAACUUCUGGGCCAUCGUCCUCUACAACAUCCUGGCCCUCAACAGCCUGGAGUUUGCACUGCUGGUGACCAAGAGACUCCUUGUGAUGGGUUUCCCUGUGAGCACCUUGUCCAUCUGGUUCAUCACGUACUGCGGAGUGCAGCUGAUCAAGGAGCGUGAGCGCAUCCUGGCCAUCGAGGAGGAGGAGAAGGGUGACAAGGCAAAGGUGGAGUAG